UGUCAGUGAGCGGCGUGUCAUGGCGGCGGCGGCGGGUGGAAGCGGCGGUUGCUGGUUCCUGGCUCUGGCGCUCGGGGUUUCCCUUCUCAAAUGUCUCCUCAUACCGACCUAUCAUUCCACAGAUUUUGAAGUACAUAGAAACUGGCUUGCCAUCACUCACAAUUUACCAGUUUCUCAGUGGUACUAUGAAGCAACUUCUGAGUGGACCUUGGAUUAUCCUCCGUUCUUUGCUUGGUUUGAAUUUGCACUUUCACACGUUGCCAAAUACUUUGACCAGGAAAUGCUGGUUAUCCAAAAUUUGAACUACUCCAGUCAGGCAACAGUCUUCUUCCAAAGACUUUCUGUCAUCUUUACAGAUAUUCUCUUUGUGUAUGCAGCCCAUGAAUGCUGCAGAUAUGUAAAUGGGAAACGACCUGGAAAAGAACUUCUGGAAAAACCGAUGUUUGUUCUUGCUGUUCUGCUCUUAUGGAACUUUGGCUUAUUAAUUGUGGAUCAUAUUCACUUUCAGUACAAUGGUUUUUUAUUUGGAUUGAUGCUUCUUUCUGUUGCUCGAUUAUUUCAGAAAAGGCAUUUGGAGGGUGCUCUUCUUUUUGCUGUUCUCCUGCAUUUCAAACACAUCUACAUCUAUGUAGCCCCAGCCUAUUGUGUAUAUUUGCUACGAUCCUAUUGUUUCACUGAAAAUAAGGCAGAUGGAUCCCUCAAGUGGAGCAGCUUCAGCUUUCUUCGCAUAAUUUUGCUGGGAUUGAUUGUCUGCCUUGUUUCUGCUCUUUCAUUGGGACCCUUUGCAGUACUGGGCCAACUACCUCAAGUCAUUUCACGUCUUUUCCCUUUCAAGAGAGGCCUCUGCCAUGCUUAUUGGGCCCCUAAUUUUUGGGCUUUGUACAAUGCAGUGGACAAAACAUUAGCAGUUGUUGGUAUAAAAUAUAAAUUCCUUGAUCCUGAAAAGAUUCCUAAAGCCUCAAUGACAGGCGGAUUGGUUCAAGAAUUCCAGCACACUGUCCUUCCUUCUGUGACUCCACUAGCCACACUCAUUUGUACCUUCAUCUCCAUAUUGCCCUCUGUUUUCUGUCUUUGGUUUAAACCCCAAGGGCCCAGAGGCUUUCUUCAGUGCCUGAUACUUUGUGCACUGAGCUCAUUCAUGUUUGGCUGGCAUGUGCAUGAAAAAGCAAUACUCCUCGCUAUUCUUCCUUUGAGUUUGUUGUCUGUGGAGAGUCCAAAACGUGCUGGCAUUUAUCUGAUUCUGACAACUACAGGACAUUUUUCACUCUUCCCAUUGCUGUUUACGCCACCAGAAAUCGCAACUAAAAUACUGCUCAUGCUGCUGUUCACGGUUUAUAGCUUCUCUUCACUGAGGGCUCUGUUCAGAAAAGAGGGGCCUCUGCUUAACUGGCUGGAAACUAUCUACCUCAUUGAACUAGUGCCUCUGGAAAUCUUUUGUGAAAUUGUGUUUCCUUUGACCCCUUGGAAACUGAAGUUCCCUUUUAUCCCUUUGUUGCUUACUUCCGUAUACUGUGCUCUAGGCAUCACAUAUGCUUGGCUCAAACUGUAUGUCUCUGUCUUGACUGAAUCGGUAACUGUCAGACAGAAGGCAGAAUAAAGCAGCAUUGGGACCAAUUCCAAGUAAAUCCUUCAGGAGGAUUAUCCAGCACUAGGGGGAGCUGUCUUCUAAGAUCAUGCACAUUUUGAAAAGGCAAUGGUACUGUGUACCGUUCUUCUCCAUGUCUGCUGGUUUUCAGCAUCUCUGUACUGUCAACUAUUGUCCCUCUGAUCAGAAUAGGUCCUUGAAAUGUUGCACAGCGCAUGGUGAGAUGCCACUUGCCCUGAAUAAAUUGUGAAAUUUAAUUGAAAAUAAUAUUGUAUUAAAAUUGUCCAUUUAAAAUGUCCAGAUUACUUCUCUGAAGAGAAUGUGUAUGGUUUCCUUGUUAAUGAGGGAUUUUGCCAGAAACCCAUAUGGCUACUUAUAAUAAGGGAUCACUGCUGUAUAGAAGAGAACAUAAUUAUAAUAAUGUACUGUGGAAAAUGUAAAUAAAAUACUUUUUUAUAUUUCUGCAUUAAAACCUCUUUCUGGGUAUCUUUGGAGCUGGAGGGGCAUUUGUACAAAUGAGGAGUAAAACUAAUAUACAGUGUGGAAUUUGUAUGCUGAUCAGUUUUUUUGCCAGACUCAUUUGUGAAACCCAGUGCUGAAAUCUUAUAUGCUACUUCUGAUGCCACUAUUUGAUUUAUGUCUAUUUUUGCUGCACUGGUUUUCUCCAUUUUAUCCCCCUACCUCCCAGGUAACUUCCAGCAUUCUGGCUAUCCUUAACCAUCUUGGAGAAUGAUAGCUACCAAAUGAUAGCCAAUUCUUCUGACACAGAGAUGUCAUAAUCCCAAUAAAAGUACAAGGAACAUC